UGACUCUCUGAUGGUCUUGGGUAGGAAGUUGAUGCCAGCUUGAUAGGCACACUUGGCUGAGGCCAUGAGGCACAAGCUAGAUGUGAGAAGUACCAGGAGUAAGUGGGUCUUGGCCUUCUGGUGACUUGAGUGGCCUCAGACCUGGUCUCCAGACUUGCAGGUCCCACCCUGUAGCUGUCUGCAUCCUGCUGCCCCUCACACAGGAUGGUUCAGUGGUGCCUCAGUCCCCAGCCAGGCUGUCUUGACCUGCAGUGGCUCUCUACUGGCCAGCAAAGACCUCCAUGAAGUCUCCAAGGAUGUCCUGCUGCAGCCUGAGGCACUGUCCCCAGGGUCCUCAAAGCUCUUCUGUCUGGCAUGUUGGUUCUCUUACUUCUCCCUCUAGACGUGCACUGGGAGCAGCAGGCGUGCACGUGUUACCUUCCCGUGGUGCCCCAGGGUCACCCAGUAUAACACAAUGAGUGUUUUCCUCCCCUGGCCUCCCACCAGGUCUCUGCUCCCCUCCCCUUGUUAUUGUGGCAGAGAUGAGAAGGGCAGAGACUGCAGCGCCCAGCCUUUGCUCCCUCCAGCAUCCUGUAGCUGCAGGGUCAACAGAGCAGUUGGUUCCUGCCAGAGGACAAAGGGCAGCCUCAGCUUUUUAUAAGAGUACAGGCAGUUUGCUCUAUAGUGCAUGAUGGUGGAGUGUGCUACCUGGUCCUGAGACACGAGUGUUGACAGGCUCCGUGUGUCCUGAGGGGUCCAUGUUGGGAAUUAACAAGGCAGCCAUGGGGCUGAUGACUGGAGAUGCAGUGUAUUCUGUGGCUGUAGCUCUGGCCGUCUUCCUGCUCCUGGUGGACCUGAUGCACCGGCGCCAGCGCUGGGCUGCUCGCUACCCGCCAGGCCCUGUGCCUGUGCCCGGGCUGGGCAACCUGCUGCAGGUGGACUUUGAGAACCCGGCAUACUCCUUCUACAAGCUUCGAAGUCGCUUUGGGGACGUGUUCAGCCUGCAGCUGGCCUGGAAGCCUGUGGUCGUGGUCAACGGACUGUCAGCUGUGCGGGAGGCGCUGGUGAAGCACAGCGAGGAGACUGCAGACCGGCCACCCUUUCCCAUCUAUGAGCACCUGGGCUUCAGACAGAAUUCCAAAGGUGUGGUUCUGGCACCCUAUGGGCCCGCCUGGCGUCAGCAGCGGCGCUUCUCCAUGUCCACCCUGCGCAACUUCGGCCUGGGGAAGAAGUCGCUGGAGCAGUGGGUGACUGAGGAGGCCGCCUGCCUGUGUGCCGCGUUUGCUUCCCAGGAUGGACACCCCUGUUUCCCUAAUGACCUGUUGAGCAAAGCCGUGUGCAACGUGAUUGCCUCUCUCAUCUAUGCCCGCCGCUUCGAGUAUGAGGACCCAGGCUUCAUGAGGAUGAUGGACCUGCUGGAGGACUCUUUGAAGGAGGACUCUGGCUUGGUUCCCCAGGUGCUGAACACAGUCCCCGUGCUCCUGCGCAUCCCUGGGGUGGCUGAGAAGGCCUUGCCUGCACUGAAAGCCUUCUUGGAUCUCUUGGAUGAGCUGUUGACAGAGCACAGGAUGACCCGGGACCCAUCACAGCCACCCCGAGACCUGACUGAUGCCUUCCUGUCUGAGGUGGACAAGGCCAAGGGGAACCCCGAGAGCAGCUUCAAUGAUGAGAACCUGCGCAUGGUUGUAGCUGACCUGUUUAUAGCAGGGAUGGUGACCACUUCAACCACGCUGACCUGGGCCCUGCUGCUUAUGAUUCUGCACCCAGAUGUGCAGCGCCAUGUGCAACAGGAGAUCGAUGAAGUGAUAGGGCAGGGGCGGUGCCCAGAGAUGGCGGACCAGGCCCGCAUGCCCUUCACCAAUGCCGUGAUUCAUGAGGUGCAGCGCUUUGCAGACAUUGUACCAAUGGGUGUUCCCCACAUGACGUCACGUGACACUGAGGUGCAGGGCUUCCUCAUCCCCAAGGGGACCACACUUAUCACCAACCUGUCAUCGGUGCUGAAGGAUGAGACCGCCUGGGAGAAGCCCCUCAAAUUCCACCCUGCACACUUCCUGGAUCCCGAGGGCCGCUUUGUGAAGCCCGAGGCCUUCAUGCCAUUCUCAGCAGGUCCCCGCACAUGCCUCGGGGAGCCCCUGGCCCGCAUGGAGCUCUUCCUGUUCUUCACCUGCCUGCUGCAGCGCUUCAGCUUCUCGGUGCCUGAGGGGCAGCCCCGGCCCAGCGACCAUGGUGUCUUUUACACCAUUUUGAUCCCACCCCCCUACCAGCUCUGUGCUGUGGCGCGCUAGAGAAGGCAUGAAGGCCCCAACUUGCCCCCAGCUGGGGCCCUGAGCGAUAAUAAACCAGUCUUGUCUCUGCCA